AUGGAGGCAAACUCACCCACCACCACAGCCACGGCAACGGUGGCCACCAUAACAUCCACAGCCUCCACCACAGUGGUCACAUCCACGCCAUCGCCAGCUGCCAGUACCAGCAGCAAAAGUCACAGCCAACCCGCCUCCAGUUGCUCAGCAUCCGCAUCCGCCUCCGCCUCCGCUUCUGCUUCUGCUACUGCCUCCGCCGCUGCAACGCCUCCUGGCCAACAGCUAUUGGCCAACAGCCUGGAGGUGACGAAGCAGGAGGAUCUGUAUAAUCUUUCCCUGGCCAGCGGUCUGUCUGAGGGCCAGCGAUCGCUUUCGGGCGCUCCGUCGGCUUCCUCCAGUCCCAUCAUGAGUCCGCAGGGCAAGAUAUUUGGAAGGAAUGCGAAUGGAACAAUGAUCACCACAUCGCGACCGGGCAACGAGGCGGAGGUGCAGCUGUACCGGGUGCUCCAGCGAGCCAGCCUGCUGGCCUACUAUGACACACUCCUGGAGAUGGGUGGCGAUGAUGUGCAGCAGCUGUAUGAUGCCGGUGAGGAGGAGUUCCUGGAGAUCAUGGCCCUGGUGGGCAUGGCCUCCAAGCCCCUCCAUGUCCGACGUCUGCAGAAGGCACUGCACGAGUGGGCCAAUAAUCCGGGCCUCUUCCAGGGUCACCUGCUGCCCCACUUAGGUCUUUGUGAGACGCCACCCAAGCCAGCUUUGAUCUUUAAUCCAGACACCACGCCCGCCUUGCCCCGUAGCCAGAAGUUUCCCUCCUUUAAUCCCACUGGCACCUCCUUCCAGCCCUCGCCAGUUCCGCCCGCAGCGGCGUCUACUGUUCCCACCUCCGCUUCGGUCCCCACUCCUGGACCCCUGAUCACCCAGAUCAGUUGUCCGGGUGCUGGCCCAUUGCCCAUGCCCCUGGUCCUGCCCUCCACCCCGCUAACAAGCAGCAGCAGUAGUCCCCAUCCGGCGGCCAAUAGCAGCAGCCUGCCACCCGUGAGUACUGCCCACCAGGUGUCCUCCAGUUCGCCCCAGCUCACGCCCGUGCUGACCGAGAUGCAGAUCCAAAGGAUCACAAUGUGUGCGGAGAAGAUUGGCCGGCAGCUGCCGCAGCGAGAGCCACGGGCGCAGACCACCAGGAAGCGCACCACACGGGAACUGGAGCAGGUGAUCGCCAUGGGUGAGCAUGAUCCGCGGCGCAUGGACGAGAUCCGUAAGUACUCGGCCAUCUAUGGCCGCUUCGAUUGCAAACGGCGGCCGGAGAAGCCGCUGACCCUGCACGAGGUGUGUGUCAACGAGGCGGCCGCCCAGCUCUGUCGGAAUCCCCAGACCAUCUGGCUGCUCACCCGGCGCGAUGAGCUCUUUCCGCUGGCCCGCCAGAUUGUCAAGGAUGCUGGUUUUGGUCACUCGGCUAGCAUUGCCCGUUAUGGUGGCCUGCUUACCCAGCUUCCAUCUCAGGGAGCCGGUGUUGGCGGUGGUGGGCGAGGUGGUGGACCAGGGGGUAUCCCGGCCAGCGAUAUGGACUGUGAGUCCAGUGACGCCGGCAUGCCGACCAAGCGGCAGCGACUCUCCUCCACAGAGGCCACCGGCCAGCUGCCGCUCGACUUGAACAGGGAAGCUGUCGAGGAUUCGCGCUACAAUCUGUUUGCCAUGUACCAAAAGUUUGCCAAGCCGCCAUUUGAUCUGACGGAAAUUGCCAAGUUCUCACUUGGUAAGGCGGCAGACUACGAGGACAACGACUCGCGCUUCUCCUUCAGCAACUCCAGUUCCCCGACCAUGCCAGUGAACGCCCUGCAAUGGACUGGAAGGUGA